CCAUAUAUUACACAUCAGUCCCAACGACAAGCCAAGAUGGAGGCAACGUUCAGCUGCCCGCAAUGUUCCUUCUGUGUGGACCACGACAUCAUGCUCCGCGUCCUGAAACAUUUCUUCAACUGUACGUCCUUCCAGUACAUCAUGGACCUCAGCUGCGGCCACCACCCCGGCCUCGGACACACCCACUUCCCCGGAACGCUGAAGUACAAACACGUCUCCGACAGUCCUGUAUCCAACAAGAACGCCACGCCGCAGGCUUGUACUUCGCAGAGGGAGCCCGCCGCAGAAGAAAACAUGGCGGAGAACGAGUUCCACGACUCCUCCGAGAUGAUACCCCCUGCGGAGAUCAAAACUGAACCUGCUGAGGACACCAUGGACGGUCCUGACUGUGCUGUAGUGGAACCAACAGCGCCCCCUGCCCAGAUGAUGGAUACUGCAGGUUUCGGGGAGGAUUGCCACCCCGUGAGUGUGGUGUGUGCUAUGGGAGGGAUGCAGGAUGCUGUAGCCGGCAGCAGUAAUGAUACUGAUGGACUACUGCAGCAUGACACAGAGACACAUACCAUCACCACAGAGCCGGUAGGAGCUCCGUCCAUGGUCGUAACUCGAUCUCCCGCCAUGGCCGCCGCGAGAACCGCGUCUGCUGGUUCCCAUGGCAACAACGAUGGCGGGACGUUAGAUUCUUGUUUACCAAACAACAUGUGGAACUACCUCAGUAACGUAGAGGAAUCAUCGUCUGGUACUCCGCGGAAAAAGCGAAACCGCAAGCGGGACCGCUACACGUGCCCCGAGGACGGAUGCGACCGGACAUUCCGCGACAAGUACGAGAUGACCAACCACCUACGAACUCACACCGGGGAAAAACCCUUCAAAUGUGACUGGCCCGGAUGUGACAAGUUUUUCACCCAUGUUAGCUCCAAGACUCAGCACUAUAAGUCUGUUCACAUUAAGUAUGUACCACACAAGUGUUCCAAGUGUGGGAAGGGGUUCACGAAGCCUUCACAGAUGAAGAGGCAUGAGGAAAAGUGCAGUCUGAAGAUAUACCAACCAGAGGUGUGGAAUGAAAGGAGAACUUCAAGACAUUUUGAGAAGGACUGAAAAUAAGCUGAAAAUAUGAUGCAGUCAUUAACAUGGAAUGUCAAUUAUUUGGAAGAAGAACACUGGGAUUACUCCUUAGAAGUAGAUUUUGAAAGCUUACAUUUUACAGACGGUCAUGUGUGGUUUGAAACAUUAUUAUGAAUUUUUAUUUAUAUUCAUGUGUUUCCUCCGUGUAAAUCACGGACAUAACUCCAAUCCAAUGA